GUGCGGCGGCGGCCAAUGGGCUGCGUGGAGCGUCACUUCCCGGAGGCCGCAGGCGAGUGGCGAGUGGCUGGGGGCGGCGCGGGGGCGGGGCGUCCGAGCAGGCGUUGGCAGCGGGCUUGGACCCACGCGGCGUGCGGCCCCCCUGGCCUGCAGCGCUCCCACCCCGGCGGCGACGGCACGAUGCCCUUUGACUUCAGGAGGUUUGACAUCUACAGGAAGGUGCCCAAGGACCUUACACAGCCAACGUACACCGGGGCCAUUAUCUCCAUCUGCUGCUGCCUCUUCAUCCUCUUCCUCUUCCUUUCAGAACUCACCGGAUUCAUCACAACAGAAGUUGUGAACGAGCUGUAUGUUGAUGACCCGGAUAAGGACAGCGGGGGCAAAAUUGACGUCAGUCUGAACAUCAGUUUACCCAAUUUGCACUGCGAAUUGGUUGGGCUCGAUAUUCAGGAUGAAAUGGGCAGGCACGAGGUAGGCCACAUCGACAAUUCCAUGAAGAUCCCGCUGAACAACGGUGUAGGCUGCCGCUUCGAGGGCCAAUUCAGCAUCAAUAAGGUCCCUGGCAAUUUCCACGUGUCCACACACAGUGCCACAGCCCAGCCACAGAACCCGGACAUGACGCACGUCAUCCACAAGCUCUCCUUCGGGGACACGCUACAGGUCCAGAAUGUCCAUGGAGCCUUCAAUGCUCUGGGAGGAGCAGACAGACUCACCUCCAACCCCCUCGCCUCCCACGACUACAUCCUGAAGAUCGUGCCCACGGUGUAUGAGGACAAGAGCGGCAAGCAGCGCUACUCCUACCAGUACACGGUGGCCAACAAGGAAUACGUCGCCUACAGUCACACGGGCCGCAUCAUCCCUGCCAUCUGGUUCCGCUAUGACCUCAGCCCCAUCACGGUGAAGUACACAGAGAGAAGGCAGCCGCUGUACAGGUUCAUCACCACGAUCUGUGCCAUCAUUGGCGGGACCUUCACUGUUGCUGGCAUUCUGGACUCAUGCAUCUUCACAGCCUCUGAGGCCUGGAAAAAGAUCCAGCUAGGCAAGAUGCAUUGAUGUCCUGCCUGGUCCAGUGGCCAAGAACCAGCAAGACCACCAGCUCUGCCUCCAGCACCCUGUCUGUCUCUGGCCCAGGAUCUGGCUGCAUCCCAAAGUGUGUUGGGAGGUGGGGGGGAAAGGAGGGGGUGGCUCAAGGUUUCCAAGCUACCUCUCUUCCCCAUGUUUAAUUUUAGAUAAAUAACACUGGCUAGAGUGGUGAUAUUCCUUUCCCUCGGGGUCUCCAAGACAAGAGUCAGGCAAGGGGUCUGCUCUAGGAAUGUUGGGGACCAUUCCUGGAAGGGCUACAGUCCCUUCCUUCUUAGGAGCAGCACAGAAUCCUUGGUCAGCUGUCAGCCAGCUUUGACAAUCCUGCAGGGUUUCUCCUACCCCACUGGGCCACACUGAUCACUUGGGUUCUCCUCUGGGCAGCAGUCUGGGCUGUCUACUCUGGGACCAGACUGCUCAAAGGUACUCCUACCUGGAGCCUUCCAUGUGGCUGGUACUUCCCAGACCAGCUCCUGAGAACUGAUAUCGUAGCUGGAACUCUCACUUCCACGAGGUCCCUCCCUGGCCAGGCUCAUGUUUCUUAACCUUAUCCAAUCUGGUUUUUCCAAGAAGCAGUGCCCAAUUGGUUGGGUGGUCUACUCAUUGGUGACAAGGUGGGUCGCAGAGUCCUCUCCUCUCUUGUCCUUGUUCCUCUGAAUCUCACCACCACCACCAAUGUGCCUCAGCUGCUGUGCUGUAGCACUGAUAUUUUGUGGUGGAAAGGAAGGCUUUGUUAGGACCUGCUGAGGCAGGGAAUGGAAGGCAUAUGACUGGGGAGUCAUCCUUGGAGAAGCAGAUGGAUAUGGUUUGUGCACUUGUGUACACAAGGAAAGUGUCCUUCCCUAUAACCCACCAAUAAUGUCUCGGCCUCUUCUGGGCAGCCACCAUUGGUUCCAACACCUCAGCUGGGGGAACAAAGUGGACCAGCACUUACUCUCCCUUUGGGCCUCCUGCUCCAGGGGUCCCCUUACAGGGAUGCCCAGCACUUGGACUGCUGCAGCCCCGUGUGGCCCAGGUGCCAUUGAUCCCUGGGGUGGUGGACUCCAUUGUCUCCCCACUUGCUGCUGAGGGGGGUUCCUACCCUGCUGUUCCCUCUCAUUCUUCCCUUUGUGUCCCGAAAGGGAAGGACAGUGGCCCAGGCAAGAAUUCCUGCCAGGGAAUUUUAGCUAUGCUCUCAUGUCCCAGGAAGAGAGCCCUACCCUUGUUUUUCAUUUAUAUAAAGAUUGUUUGCAUACUUUUGUAAUGAGGGGGAGUUUCCAGUAGAAGGAUUUUUUAAAUUAUCUAUAUGGGAUAGCUCAAGUCUCUGCCAUUUGUAAAUCUUGGCUCUGGUUCCAAUAAGCAAAGCUGUCCCUUUUGCAUAUCAGUUGACUAAUGUGUGUAUAAACUGUUGUUGAUUAUUUCUGGUAUCUGUGGCCACUUGGACUUUUUUUUUUUUUUUCAUUCUGUUCCCUAGUUACAGAAAGAAGUCCGUUUGGUAUGUGACUGUGUGCACCUGUAGAGGGUGACAGGGAGGGGUGGGGGUGGAAAAUGUGUGGCAUGCACAUGAGUUGAAAUUCCACUUUUAAUGCAUUUAAAAAAAAAAAAAAGCUCUUUGAGGGCAUCGGGGAUGUCAGUUUCCUAUGGAAGAGACACCUCUGACCUGUUAUUCUUACAAACAAAAUCUCCAGGGGAAAAACUGUUUUAGUCCUUUCUCCAUGCAUCAGGUUUAAAUAGAUUAGUAAAAUGCUGAUUUUCAGAAGUAA